GCAGCGGCUGCUGCGGGGCCAGUUGCCACGACCUGGCGUGGAUCAGGCGGCGUUGCUGAAAAGCUGCCGGCGGAUUCAAAGGGCGUGGCGUGAGCUGCAGGAUUAUAGGCGCCUUCUUUCAGCAAAGAAGCGACUGGCGGAUGCUGUGGCACCAGAGGAGACCGGCGCGCCGGCUCAUCCGGCGAACACCGGCGCUGAGUCGGCGACAACUCCUACGUGCAGGUCACCGGUGGAAACACAGCCUUCUGAGCUGCCAGAGGAG